AUGGGAAAAAGAUUUAGUGAGUCAGCUGCAAAGAAGGCAGAAGGACUAGCAAGAAAGAGAGAACAGGCCAAGGCAAAGGAAAGAGAAGAGAGAUUGAGACAGGAAGCUGAGGAGGCGAAGAAAUGGGAGGAUGGUGCGAAGAAAGCUAAUGCUAAGAAGCUUCUUGAGGAACAAAAAAGAGAAGAGAAGUUGCGUGCGAAGAAGGAACGUGAGGAAUUGCUUGCGGCUGAGGAAGCAGCUCUAGGCAAGGGUGGUAAGGGUAAAAGGCGUUAA